AAUUUAUGAAGCUACUAAAGAAUCUAUGAUUGGUAUAAUCUCUACAACUACCUGCAAUUGUCACAAUUGUUAUUUUGUCGAUUAUUUUCAGAAACAAAACGUAAAAAACAAGAGUUUGUUGAUAAAAUAACGAAAGUACAACGUCAAAUAAAUGAUAAAACAAAAUCCCGUAAUAUAACAAUAUUAGCUGUGAAAGAAUCUCAAAAAGAACAGCAACAACAAAUGUCAGAGCAUCACACUGAAAUAACAAAUAUCGAAGAAGAUAUUUAUGAAAAAGGAUGUCGAUUAGAAACCUUACAAGCAGAAAAUGAACGAUUUCAACAAACGAUAGACUACAUGGAAAAUCAAAUUGAAUUGUUCAAUCGCUUUACAGAGCAAUCAACAGCUGAUAUGCAAACAUUAGAUGAUACCAAUGUUGAUCUUUUAGGAAAACUCGAAGAUGGUUGGGUGAGUGAUCGAAAAUUAGAAAACGCUUUUGCGCAAAAAGAUUUAGAAUAUAUUGAACAUUUGACAAAUCUGUUAAAACUAACUGAAAAACGUAAAGAUAAAAUAGGAACGGUUGUUCAUCGACUUGUUGGUGAAUUGCAACACUUGAAAUAUUACCUUGAAGGAAUGUCGAGUCCAGAACCUCGGCCCCCACGUUCACAUUCAGCAAGAAAAGGAUCAUUUCGUCGACGAAGUAUAUCAAAUGAACGUGUUCGAUCAGCUGGAACACCAGCACCAUUAGCUGAUAUUAUUUCAAAACGACAACGUGCAUCAUCGGCUAAUCGAGCAAAAUCAGUCUCAUCGGCUACCAGUCCAUAUCCGACACAUACAUUUGAAUUGGAUGGCGAUGUUCAACGUCGGGUGACAAUAUUUGUUGAAGAUAAUUUUGAUGUUAAAAGUAAUAAGAAAAGUUCUCAGCGAUC